AUGCCCGUAAUCGGAAACAAAGAAGACUCCAUUUGGCGCUCAUCUUUGAAUGUACUUUUCAUCGGUUGAUCGCUUUUCUCAACUGUUUUGCUUAAUAUAACAUUUCUAAAGAUAGCUUUUAUUGUGGUUCAAUGGGAAAACGAGAGUAGCGUGAGUGUUAUAAAAGAAAAGAAAGUCGUUGGCGCCGUGGAGUUAAAAGAAGGGACAACAGUUGACAUAUUGACUGGUACAAACAAGGGUCGAAUGGCCGUUUGUAAAGCUACGAUUUUGAAAGUUUGUGGUGAGUAAAAAUUGCGAUAUUCGUUACGUGAUCAAAAUCUUAUAAAAGAAUAGAUGUAGCGGGUUGGAUUAAGCUUACAUAACGCUCGGCGCAACUGAAACUAGAAUAAUUCUGAGAAUCGAAUCGGUCACUUGCAUGCCGCAGUUUCUUAAGCUUAUUAUGCUUUACAAUGAAAUAAACCUAUCAGUAAGGUUUCAAGAUUCCUCUAGUCACGUUUGGGAACAUUCAAGAUUCAAAAUAGGAACUGUUAUUAAACAAACCUUAGUACAUAAAGAAGCCCUCCUUGGUAAAAAAACAAAAUAAUGUAUUCAGCCCUUUUUAGUAAAAUCCAUGAGAGAGAUGUACUAACUCCAAUAUGAAAGUCACUCAAUAUAACAGAGAUUUCUCAAUUUGAGAAUCCAAUGAAUGCCCUUUUCCUCAUAGCCAUCUUAAAAGCCUGGUCUGAGCUUUAAAUAUACAUAUUUUAAUAUAUUAUUUUUUUUCAAAUUCAGAUGUCAAGGAAUCCAGAUACAAAAUGGUCAAGGUUCUUGUUGACAACCUCAUUCAAGGCCAACUCAUUGUGAGCCCAGGAAAAAAAAAUACAAACAGUAGAAACAGCAGCUAAGUUUGCAGUUUAGGAUAACUUCAUUCUAAUUUAUUGUUACGGUUACAACAAGAUUUUAAUCAAAAAAUCAAUUUUAUUUGACUGUAAUUAGCCCCUUCACUCCCAAGAGUGCUUGGUUUUCAAAUAUAACUUAAGAUAUUGUAUUUUAUGGAAAAGAAUCAACAGAUUUUAUUCACAAUUUGUGUCAAACCAAAUUUAAUGAUUGAUUAGAACUAUUUUAUAUGAAUAGCUGUAAUUGAGGAUUAAUCCGUAUGAAGUUUUCAAGAAAAGAAAAAUAAAUCAAAUUCCAUCCUAAUAUUACCACACAUUGAUGUUAAUAAUUAAUCAAAAAUAUUUUACAUGUAAGCCUUAAAUUAAGCUUCUAAAUAAAUUUCAUUGAAUACUUGAAUUUUAGCUGGGUUUUUUUAAUUUAAAGUAUUUAUUUUAUAUCAUUAGCCUCAAAUUUUUGCUUAAAAUUCCCAGUAAUUCUGAAACAUUCCUAAAAAUUCCCAAAAAUUCCCAGAAAUUCCUAGGAAUUUUUUAGAUUUACAGCUUUUCAGGGAAAGUCAUUGGUUCUCUGAGUUGGAAUUCCUAGGAAUUCCUAGGAAUUCCUAGGAAUUCCAAGUCCUGUUGGCUAUAAACUUGGAAUUUCUGGGAAUUUCUGGGAAUUUCUGGGAAUUUCUGGGAAUUUCUAGGAAUUUCUAGGUUUUUAGAACCAGAGUUGUUAUGGUUGGGAAUUCCUAGGAAUUCCCAGUCCGAAUUUACCGUGAAAAUUCACACCUUUAUUCCUAGGAAUUCCUAGGAAUUCCUAGGAAUUCCUAGGAAUAAAUUCCUAGGAAUUCCUAGGAAAAUCCUAGGAAUUCCUAGGAAUUCCAAAAGCCAUUUCGCAAGGGUGUCUGCACAGUAUACAGGUAACAGUUAUUAUAUGUUGCAAGUAGUCCUAUUAAUUUAUCUGCAACGACCAUUAGGGGCUUAUAAUGCAGUCUACCAUGGAAUAGGUUAAUAAUGCCACAUAUCUAGCCUGGCAUUCAAAAUUGGUCUUUCUUGACUUUCUCUUGCAUAUUUACAACAAGUGCAAUAAACACGUUACAAUUUUAAAUGUUAGUUGAAACUAUUGGAGAAUCAUGCAUAAUCCAACAGGAAUGGCGAGACUGUGGUAGCUGACUACUAAUAUUACUUGCAUGUAUUUGUAGGUAUUCAAAGGAAAUAAAGACAGAGACAGCAUUUUUAUCACCAGUUAAACCCACCCAUCAAAGCUCGCUACAUCAAACUUCGACCAACAUCGUGGUAUGAUCAUAUAUCGCUAAGAAUGGAGCUGUAUGGUUGCUCAGUAGGUAUGAUUAUUAUCUUACACCAACUUAUUUGGCACUGAAAAUUGGAAGGGUGAAACACGUGUUUUGAUUAUAACCAGCAUAAUGCUGAAAUAUGGAUAUGGCAAGAAACUCCAGAUUGUUAGAUGCUACAUUAUGACAUAGGUAGAAAAAUUUCUGCUUGAUCGAAUUUUGUCUAACUUUUAACUUUUCAAUAGAACUGUACGUACCUACCCACAAACAUACCUACAUACCUCUGUACAUAAACACACACUCGUGAACUGUUCUUUUACCUUCUUUGUUUCUGUAAAGAAUGUUUGGCACCUCUUGGUUUGGAGAGUCGACGCAUUAAAGAUGCUCAAGUCACUGCAUCUUCGCAAUGGGAUGGAAAUCAUGCAGCAAUCCAGGGAAGAUUGAACUUUUAAGGCUGGUGGAGGCAAGCAAGGAGGAUGGUCAGCUCGGCAGAACAAUAAAAAUCAAUGGAUACAGGUGGCUCUUGGCAGCUACACCAAAUUAACAAGUAUAGCAACACAGGGAAGGAAUGCUUACAGCCAGUGGGUAACAGCAUACAAGCUGCAGUACAGUGAAGAUGGAGUGAACUUCUACUUCUAUAAAGUACCAGGACAGAGUUCACCUAAGGUAAAUGUAGUAUCAGUUAAUUGGCUUUAAACUGUAAAAAUAUAUGCCUAUAGUUGCACGGUAUAACAGUUAUAACAUGUUGCAAAUAGUCCUAUAAGUUAUGUGCAAAUACCAAGGGGCUAAGUGCCUGAUCAUGCAGUCUACAAUGGAAGAAGUUAAUUAUCUAGCCUGCAUGGCAUUGCGACAAAAUUGGUGUUUCUUGACUUUCUCUUGCAUAUUUACAACAAGUGCAAUAAACACGUCACAAUUUUAAAUGUUAGUUGAAUCUAUUGGAGAAUCAUGCAUAAUCCAACAGGAAUGGCGAGACUGUGGCAACUGAUUAUUAAUUUUACUUGCUUGUAUUUGUAGGUAUUCAGAGGAAAUAAAGACAGGGACAGCAUUGUUUAUCACCAGUUAAACCCACCCAUCAAAGCUCGCUACAUUAAACUCCGACCAACAGCAUGGUAUGGUCAUAUAUCACUAAGAAUGGAGUUGUAUGGUUGCUCAGUAGGUAUGAUUGUUGUCUUACACUUGUUUUGGCACUGA